AUGAGUUUAGUUGCGGCUGAAAUAGUCCCGAAAAUUGGAUUUUCAUGUGAUCUGUUGAAGGCCUCCUCUAGCCUUCCUGCUCCUGCAUACAUAUCAAUCACGCAUCCACAGUGCUCAAUUAACACCGAUGAAUGCAACAGAGUUCGGUUCAACUUUCCCAGCACACACUCUCUGGAAAGCAAGAAGCGCUUCCUUAUCAAACACAACUUUAGCUCGGGUCAUGCUCCCGUAUUUUGCAUACAUGUCUAUAAGAGCAUUGGAAACGUGUUCAGUUCUUUGAUCCAUUUCGCCAUGGCCUGAAAUCUAUCAUCGGCUAAACAAUCAUUUGGUUAUGCCAUUUUGGGCCUUGCUUUAACCGAAGCUAUUGCAUCGUUUGCCCCAAUGAUGAUCUUUUUGAUCCCAUCCGUAUUUUGAUUGGUUUCGAGGGUUACAAUUUAAAAAAAAAAAAAUCGAUUCCACAUGAGGACAAUUUCCCUUUUGAGUAAUGGGAAAU